AGCCGGUGCACAGCACAGUGGUCACAGUUGUUUGAUAUUAACAAACCUUAACCAUGCCUGGAGAACCAGCGAAGGCAGCACCCAAGAAGGGCUCUAAGAAAGCCGUCACCAAGACCGCCGGCAAGGGCGGAAAGAAAAGGAGAAAGACCAGGAAGGAGAGCUAUGCCAUCUAUGUGUACAAGGUCCUGAAGCAGGUCCACCCCGAUACCGGAAUCUCUUCCAAGGCCAUGAGCAUCAUGAACUCCUUCGUGAGCGACAUCUUUGAGCGUAUCGCCGGUGAGGCCUCUCGUCUGGCUCACUACAACAAGCGCUCCACCAUCACCUCCAGGGAGAUCCAGACCGCUGUCCGCCUGCUGCUGCCCGGUGAGCUGGCUAAGCACGCCGUGUCUGAGGGCACCAAGGCUGUCACCAAGUACACCAGCUCCAAGUAAACAGGAGCGUCUGCAGCGUUAAUACAACAAACCAAAGGCUCUUUUAAGAGCCACCCACU